AUUCCACGGAAUGUUAAAAUACAUUGCACCAUCCCACUUGUCUAUUUCUUCAGUCUAUCUCUGCUAAAAGAGCUUUCAGAAAGAAACUGUCAAUAGAAACCUGGGCUUCCUCAGCAGACCAAAGCCUUGAGAAGAACACAAUUCGCUGUUUUGUAUUUGAACGCACAUGUGUGUGUCCUUUUAAAACUCUUUCCAUUUGUACAAUGACAGAUUUCAGAUUGGAGUUAAUCUGAGCAUGGAAGACUAUGCCCUGACGUUUGGAAUUAAUCCCUUCAUUGCCUUGAUGAUUCAACCCAUCGUGACGAUGACUGUGGUUGACAACCAAGGACUGGGGCUUCCUGUUGACAUUCAGCACAAAGCAAAGCCCUCGCCAAAAGCCAGCCAGAUGCUGCCACCUGAUCUUGGACCUCCCAGCUUCCAGAACUUAUUAAGUCCAUCUGAGAAACUAGAGCCUUGGGACCCAGGGAUGAGGAAACUUACUGUACAGACAUGCGGGCUGACCUUCAUUCACCCUGCGGGCCAUGGCCUCUGCCAUCCAACUGCACAGGCUUCAGCCGAAACUCUCUCCAGCACUGCCCUAAACAGACCAAGUGUGAGGGAGGGAGCAUGUAAUGAAAAGUCCACAGAGAACAAGAAGCCACAAGAUUCGGUGCUCUGAAGCCAUUCUAGAUGGUUUCAGGGUAACUAGCUUCCCACCUCUGACAGGGAUACCAUGGCAAAUACCACUCUUUGCCUAGGAUUAUAAUUCUUUGUGCACAAUGCAUCCCAUCCCAAAGACAGUCCACAGCAGGACUUGCUCCAUCUCUGAACUGGUCUUACCCCCUUAAACCUGCCUUUAUAUCUAGGAGUUUCUUUAUUUUAUUUUUUUGAGACAGAGUCUCGCUCCAUUGCCCAGGCUGGACUGCAGCGGCGUGAUCUCAGCUCACUGCAACCUCCACCUCCUGGGUUCAAGUGAUUCUUGUGCCUCAGCCUCCCAAGUAGCUGGGAUUAAAGGCACGUGCCACCAUGCCUGGCCAAUUUUUAUAUUUUUAGUAGAGAUGAGGUUUCACCAUGUUGGCCAGGCUGGUCUCAAACUCUUGACUUCAAGUGAUCCGCCCGCCUCAGCCUCCCAAAGUGCUGGGAUUACAGGUGUGAGCCACCAGGCCCAGCCUAUAUCUAGGAGUCUCUUGAUGAGCAUUGGUCGACAGAAAGAAGUCUCUUCUAAAAAUUGUUAAUGCUUUUAUAGACUACUCAUAGUCUGAGUCAUAAAACAUCAUUUGCCUUUCAAUUUAUACCUUCCAAGUGAAUAUGAUUAUUGAGGAUUAUCUAAUUAUUAUCUACUUUUCUCUCUAGGUAUAAAAAACACCAUAGAUCCUAUACACACAAAAAUGGUUUUUCUAUCAGAAAUGGACUCACUCGCCUGGCAAAAGGACACAGAUUAGAUUAUUCUAAUCUCAAGGCCCCUUAGGCUUAUGAAUUCAAAAAAAAAAUAGAAGAAAUGAACAAAAACAUAAAUCACAGUUUGUUAUUAAGUAAUAUCUGAAAUGAAUUAGAAAGAAACCAUAAGCCUUAACAAUACUCCAAUCACAGUUAAAUUAAUUUAGACAGAAAAGCAAAUAGCAAUUGACUUGAAAAUAAGAAGUGGGGCCGAAGGUGGAUACAAGAAAUCCAGGAGGGCUAAGAUAAAUCCCAAAUCCAAUGUUCGCCAAUGCCUACACAUUCAGUACAACCUGAUGGCAUUAAUUCUGUGGUUGGGGAAAUGUGACAGUGAAAUCGGUAAUACCACAGUUCUAAAUGUGCACUGUUGGCUGAACUUAUGGUGUGGUGGAAGGUGAUAAAAAUUAGGCUUCUGAGAAAGGAUGGGACUCUGCCCUCCAGGCAAGGAGUAAAUGGCCCCGGCAGAUGGAAAACUACAGCAAAUGUAAUCACCUGCAUUUUGCAAAUAGGUGUGUUUCUGAGAAUUUGUUUGAAUUAGUUCUUUGUAAACAAAACAGGAUUUUGAAUGCA